UGGUGAUGUAGUUCCCGGCCGGCUGCGUGUUUUUGUCUGUCCGUCGAGGAGAGCUCGUUCCUCGGUGGAUAAUUUCUUCACUCGAAAACGAUGAACGCCAGUCGAGUGCUUUUAAGGGCGGUAUUCACAUCAUUGAGUCGCGGGCUGGAACUAGCCCAUUCAGUUACAAUACGAAAAAAAAAACACCGCGCAGCAGUUGCAUGGAUGGACAGAAGGCCUCCGCCGUGUUCAGAAUGAUGCGAGUGUGAAUGGAAUAUCCAAUUAGAUUCAGAUCUCCAUAGUUAGGCCGCGCUCAUCCGGUUUUGCAGUUUUCCGACAGAUGUACUUUGUCCAGAGUGAAUUGUGGGUGCGAUUACUUUUCAGUUUUGUUAAAAUUAGAGUAAAAUUGGGCGCUUACCGCUGCGAUUGUGAAACUGUGACGAAUAUCUGCUGGUCCGGUACUUAAAUGACGCAUGUAGCAAAAAAGCAAAAUGUGCUACGUAAUAAUUACCAGCGGCAGUUUAAUUUGGUUUGUGGUGAGCCUAAUAGCAGAUAUGUGUAUAUUGGGGGCGAUCGUAACUCCUAAGUGGCUUAUUGGGCCCACUCAGGAUGCAUCGUUCAUAAAAUCCUCCAACACCACUGUCUACAGGAUUCCGUCGGUUGGGAUUUACACUCGAUGCAAACAAAUGGAUCGUGUAGGCUUCCACUGUGGUCCCUUCGAUUUAGAUGGACUAGCCACAGACAAUUCAAUCUACCCUCCCGAGUGGAAGGCGUGCAUGUUUUUCAUAUCGUUGGGAUUCUUUAUUUUAAGCGGAACGGUGCUCCUAACUCUAGUUACGUGUUGUAAGCAAUCGGCUUUUGGUAAAAGCAUCCAUAAUUUAGUAGGAGCAGCGCAGGUGAUAUCAGGUAUUUCCGUCAUGAUCGCACUUUUCUUGCAUCCAUUAGGAUGGGGUGCUAAGCGAGUGAUGGCGUUAUGUGGCCCAGACGCCGAAGCAUUCUUUCCAGCCGCAUGCAGCAUAGGUUGGGCAUUUUACUCAGCAGUUGCGGGUGUCGUUCUCUGCUUUUUAUGCGCGGGGAUCAGCAUGAAGGCGGAAUCUUCGAAUAUGCGGUCCAAAGUGAAAAGAAGAGUUGAGGACGGCGAGCGUCUAGUCUGCGUCCCUUAAGUAUGUACGAUACGUCCCUAAGCAGCCAGUGAUGCUACUUAAAUUAACUAUGGAAACACUGUCACCUAUGGUAUGGCAAAAAGGGAAAAAAACAUCUCGAAUCACUUAAAGUCUCAUUUAUUUCAUUACUUCGAAAAAACGACAGAUCCAAAGAUAGUAUUAAGUUGAACAAUCUAAUUGACUUUCGCUUUUCUAAGGUUCAAUAUACAAUUUUGUAUGACUUUUUCAA